AUGGCAAUCACCAAAAGCCUCUCAGUGUUUCUCUUCGUCGCCAUAAGCUGCGUCGCCGCAGCCCGGGCAGCGAACUUCAACGUCACAAACAACUGCAACUUCACGGUGUGGGCUGCCGCCGUGCCCGGCGGGGGCGCAAGGCUGAAUCCUAACGAAUCAUGGAGCAUCGACGUUGCGAACGGCACCAAGGGAGGACGCAUUUGGGGCCGAACAAACUGCACCUUCGACGACGCGGGACGCGGUAAGUGCUUAACCGGUGACUGCGACGGUGUUCUCGUGUGCAACAACACUUACGGUACACCCCCGAACACGCUGGUGGAAUUCGCGUUGAAUCAGUACAACAACCUCGACUUCUACGACAUCUCCCUGGUGGAUGGUUUCAACAUUCCGGUUCAGUUGAACCCAACAUACAACUGUAGCAGCGUAAAAUGCUCCGCGAACAUCAUCGGAGAGUGCCCGACUGAGCUGCAGGUUCCCGGCGGUUGUAACAACCCGUGCACGGUUUUCAAUACGACAGAGUACUGUUGUACCUCCGGUUCUGCAGGGUGCGGUCCCACCGAUUAUUCAAAGUUCUUCAAGGAGAGGUGCCCAGAUGCGUACAGUUACCCCAUGGAUGAUGCCACCAGCACAUUCACCUGCAAGGGAGGAUCCGAUUAUAGGGUUGUAUUUUGCCCUUGA